CACGCUCCAGGUGAGUGCGUCACCUUUAACCUCUGGUUGGUCUGCGCGUGUUCGCCCGGAAGGUCCCGCAGCUUUGUGUCGCUUGAAUUUGAAGCGAUCUUGGCAACAAUCCUCCAUCGUUCACAUCGUGACGCUAAAAUAAAGAACAUGACGGACUGGAAGACGCAGAUCGGCUACAAGUACAACCCCUCGUACCAUGCAUAUGCCUACGGCCUCGUGUACCAGCCCGGGCCCGAGCAGAACCACGGGAACCACCUGGGCUGCUGGAGCGACGCCGGAGUCACCGACCUGAGCAACUACAGCGCCGGGGUGCCGCAGGCCUACUACACCUCCACCGCCAGAGCCCGGGAGGAGUCACCGCCGGGCAGUCCGGAGCAGCAGCAGCACGCAGCCAGCGGCCACCACCACUACCAGGGCUCCGGGGUCGUCUACCUCGGUGACGCCCAGGCGGGCCGCCUGCUCCUGGCAAGGCCGCACCGGGCUGCGUACGAUGACGCGCGAGCAGAUGGAGUCGGACGGGUCGGGAGCGACUCCACCAGUGACUCUGAGGCGCACACCUCACCAGACUCAUGGAGUUCAAGCAGUAGCAGCAGCAGGGAAGGAGGUUUGCCCCAAGCAGACCCUGCUACUUGGGUAAAGGGAGAUCUUGAAAGUGAGGUGCGCGACAGGAGCCCCAUUUCCAGCAAGGACAUUUCCAGCUCUCAUGUGGAGGAGCCUCAUCCAUUCGCUGUGGCAGGGAACGAGGUUGCAGACGACAUCGCCCCUCUUCACGUGCCCUUGGCUGUCCCUGAUAAACCAAGCCCUCCUGCUGUAAACAAACCUAAAGGAAAGGUGCGGGCAGCCUUCUCAGAGAGUCAGAUGAAUACUCUGGUCCAGCGCUUCAGGGUUCAGAGGUACCUCACCCCGGCCGAAAUGAAGAAUCUGGCAGAACUGACUGGCCUGACUUACCAACAGGUGAAGACUUGGUUUCAGAACCGGAGGGUGAAGCUGAAAAGGCACCAGAAAGACACCAGCUGGGUGUCUGAGCGCUACACGCUCAACAAGGACGGCCCAGUUCACGGAACCAUGUACAACAACAUUCCCCCACACAUCCCACCUUAUCGGGGAGAGGCCCAGUCCCAGCUCAAGGAGCAUUACAACCAGCACAUGAUGAAGGCGACCCCACAGAACCUGGCCUUCUACCUGGCUGCUAUGGGUGGCACCCCAGGGUCCGCUGGCUACCCCUCCUGGUCCACCGCUUCUUCCCAGAACUCAAUGCCCACCAGGCCCCAAACAACCGGCUGGUCCAUGCCGCCGGGCAUCAACCAUUAUGAAUACAACCCCAAUGCAUACAAUGCAUCCACGUCAAUCAACACCGGACACAAUACGAGCUUCGAAACCAAAGACGAGGAGUCUGUCAACAGCUGAAGCUCUUUGAAAUACUUGUGGUGCAAAACUCAUGGUACAAAACACCAGCCUAGUCAUGCAUGUACAUUAGCUUUUCUCUGAAUGGUACCCGACAGCUAUGUUUGCAUCUUUCUCUUCAACUUUCGUGAAUGUAUUUCGCAGGACUGGGCUGGUUUUGACAGGCUGGGUGUACAUAUUCCUUGUUCAUACUCCUGAUCAGUGUAUUUUACUGUUUUUAUCUGAGUUUUAUUUUUAUAUGCAACUAUUUAAUGUAUGUUGGUGUGUUCUUUGCGCUUGGUGAUACUCGAUGGGUCCAGUUUGGACACAUUCUUGUAUUACAGUUUUUUUUUUUUUACAUAUAUAUUUUUUUGAACGGUUUAAGGGCAGGUUCUGAUACAGAUCAGACGUGUACACAUUUCAACACUUUUUUUCUAUAAAUACACGUUCAAUCCA